AUAACAGCGACAGGAGUAAACAUGGCGGCGGUGGGAAGUCUGUCAAGGCUCGCCAGACUCGGGUCCAACAUAUGCAGGAAUAGUCGUUUGUUCUGCGACAACAACGUGCGAAGACGAGGCAUUUCGUCGUGCAUUGACCCCUCUCACGGACUGACAGAUGAACAGAAGGAGUUCCAGAAAGUCGCUUUUGACUUUGCCGCCAAUGAGAUGGCUCCCCAUAUGGCCGAGUGGGACCAGAAGGAAAUCUUUCCAGUUGAGAUGAUGAGGAAGGCGGCUGAGCUUGGUUUCGGCGGGAUCUACGUCCAGCCGGAGGUUGGAGGGUCCGGCCUUUCUCGGCUUGACACGACACUCAUCUUUGAAGCCUUGUCCACAGGAUGCGUCAGCACCACGGCCUACAUCAGUAUACACAAUAUGUGCGCCUGGAUGAUCGAUACAUUCGGAAACACCGAGCAGAGGGAGCGGUUUUGUCCGGACUUGUGUUCAAUGGAGAAGUUUGCUUCCUACUGUCUGACUGAACCAGGCAGCGGCAGUGAUGCUGCGUCACUUCUCACAACGGCACAACGAAAGGGCGAUCAUUACGUCCUCAACGGGUCAAAGGCGUUCAUCAGUGGAGGCGGAGACACUGACGUGUACGUGGUCAUGUGCCGAACCGGAGGCAAAGGUGCCAAAGGAAUCUCGUGUCUAGUGGUGGAGAAGGACACACCGGGCCUGAGCUUCGGCAAAAAAGAAAAGAAGGUGGGCUGGAACUCUCAGCCGACGCGGGCGGUCAUCUUUGAAGACUGUGCCAUCCCUGUCACGAACCGACUCGGGGAGGAGGGUCAGGGCUUCAACAUCGCCAUGAAAGGACUGAAUGGAGGGAGAAUUAAUAUUGCUUCCUGCUCUCUGGGAGCAGCUCAUGCUUCUGUGCAGCUGGCGAGGGAUCACCUGCUGGUGCGCAAGCAGUUUGGCGAGACCCUGUCCAACAACCAGUUCCUCCAGUUCAAGCUGGCAGAAAUGGCGACCAAGCUGGUGGCUUCUCGUCUUCUGGUGCGCGAGGCUGCGACGGCUCUUCAGGAGAACCGGCCGGACGCUGUCGCUCUGUGCUCCAUGGCCAAACUGUUCGCCACCGACGAGUGUUUCAAUAUCUGUAACCAGGCCCUUCAGAUGCAUGGAGGCUAUGGCUACCUCAAAGACUACGCCGUGCAGCAGUUUGUGCGGGACAUCCGCGUCCACCAGAUCCUCGAAGGCACAAAUGAGGUGAUGAGGAUGAUCGUCUCCAGGAGCCUACUGACUGAAUCCUGAUCAAGGUUUGGACAUUUCACGGACGGCCAUAUUGAGUGCGUCUGAAUGGGGACUGGUGUUACAUUACGUUCAGGUGGUGCCUGAGGGUCACUGACUGAGUGAAGCAGCUACUUGUCUUGGAAAGUUAGUGUGAGACUGAUGAGUUCUGGUCCACCAGUCAGCUGCUUGGGUCCAGGACCCCAGCACGCCUGGAGACAGACUCUUUCAAUGGUUGGCUGCCUUUCAUCAUUAUGCAGUUGCCACUUUAGAAAGAGACAUUCUUCAUCAAGAUGCAUAGCUGCAGAAUUUAGAGCCUCAUCAUCUCAGCCAAGGAUGGCAUCUGAUUCUGAUCCUGAAGUGGCCUUUUAUCGCCUUCACUGCCCUGGGUUCUUUGUGUUGUUUUUCUGUGUCUGUAGGUGUGGAAUGAAAAUGUUGUUUAUGUCCUCAUCACACUCCAAUUAAAGCCGUUUAACUGCAGUCAUUUUUAAAAUGUUUUUUUUCUGGUGAAGGCUAAGAUAUCUGGAAUGGUGACACUGUGAGCUUAAGUCUUCCAUGGGCAGGAGGGAUUUAGAUGAGAGCACCCUGGAAACGGGGACAAAAGUCAGUGGGAGCAAAACCGAACAGGCCACGCAGCCAAGUGUUUCUUUUGUGGGCGCCUCCUGGUGGCGCUUAAGUGUAUUAGACAAACUGAAUUUAAUCGUUUUAAACAUGCUAUGAUAGAGGGGUUUAGCGUUAGGAUUCAAAUUAAAAGUAUUUCUGUGUUGUAUAAUAAAUUCAAAACCAUUUAAAGACCUUAGUUGGUGGUUUGUAAAUAUGAGCUGCAUCUAUUUACAUUUUCUUUCCCUCAAGUGGAAGCACUGAUCUUGUCUGGUUGAGAGCAUAAAAAUGAAAAGUGAAGCCAGAACAUAGCAUGAAGGAAACUCAGGCUCAUUUGUAAUGAUAUUUUUUAAUUGCGAAAGUGAUAAUAAAUAUCACAAAUGCUAAAAACAAUCACUUCAAAGUACAUACUUAAAAAAAAAAGUCAAUCAAAACCGUAUUUAAGGUGCUACAUGUAGCUUUUACACAUUUAUAAAUAACUGCCACGUUUGAAAUGAAUCUCCACGAGACACUUGACGCCCUCCAGCCAGUCAUGAAACACCGACCUGAACAUGGGUCACUAGUUAGGUUACAUUCCACCUACCAUGACAGGCCAUCGAACUCCAGCGUCUUGGCUUCUUACUGGUCAAAAAAUGGCCGACUGGUGAGCACAAAGAAAUAUGGGUUAAAGCAAGUUUUGGAAAAUACCUGAUGUCUCAUUUUGCUUUUGCCUGAGUGUCCUUGACCACAAAGUUUUUUUUUACUAAAAGGACCAGCUACAGUUUCAUAAUGAAAUCAGAAAUACAAAUGUUUUUUUUAAGUUCAGCACACACUUUUCUUAACAGUUUUCACACCAUAGAGGACCUGUGGAGUCACUGGUCAGACGCCUGACUAAAACCUCCUGUCACAGAUGCAGCACUUUGAAUGUGCACAGUGUUGGGUGGGCGACCAGCAGAGGGCGCUGUCGAGGUGGGAGUUUUAGCGCAAAAGCCUCUAGAUUGAUUUCAGAUGGAAACAGUUUGUUGUCUCGCCACAUUUGGGGCCAUGUUGGUUGAUCUGAUCCCAGACAGCGGUUUUACUGAUGUGACUGAUGGUCCUCACGUAGACAAAACGGCGUAGAAAAAGUCAGCACAUCGAAGCACAAACUUGCCGUUCUCGCCGCAGCUCUCUGAUGGGUAAUAAGUUGUGUCCUUCAGAAGGCAAACGUCCGUCCGUUACGGGGCCUCACACCAGCGAGCCGGCUUGGCUCUGCGCAGGCACCAUCACAGCUACAACCCCUGCACGCGUCAGAGUGGAGGAGCUCAUUUGCGGGGAUGCAGUCAGAGGCCCCACCUGAGGCUGAGCUCCCUCAGUCCUGCCGAUGACCACCGGACUUCUGAGGACCUGGUGGGAGGAGCCGUUUGUGGAGGAAGGCCGCUUGUGUUUGCGUAUAGGCGUUCCUCCGACGUUGUAUCCAGGAAGCCCUCGCAGGGUGCUGGCUUCCCCGGGCCGCAGCUGGUAAGCGUUGAUGACGGAGCUGGAGUCCGUGCCGGACGUGGGUGAGUAUGGGUAGUGGAAGUUUGGCUGGUGGUUGUCUCGGGGCAGGGGGCUGGUGGCGAUGGACGACAGGGUGCCGUUCUUGGACACGAUGUCGGAGCCGGUGGUGCUCUUAGCCCACGAGACUCGCUUUGGCGCCUGGGCGUCCUCCCUGAGACACAGACUGACAUUAGUUUUUAAAGUCUCCCAGUGGAUACGCUCUACGCUCUAUAGAUCUAUAAUCUAUAGAUCAUGAGGCAAUAAACAUUUGAAAUAUCCAACCAUGACGCUCAGACACAUCAUUUCAUAUUCUCCUCUCAUCCAGUCAGCUUCUGCAGAGAUUACCGUUUAAACCUGGAUCAUCUUUGCAUAAACUGUUUGGAAAAACAUGCUGUAUAGCUAAAAAGCCAGCGGAGCAUGUGAGUCCUACAAGUCCA